AUGAAUAGCGAGAAUACAAUUAACGACCAAGUUCAAAUUGUUAAUGAUACAUUUAUAUGCAAAAGCAUAUUAUCUGGUGUUCUACCAACAGGGCAAUUAUUAUGUUGUCAAGACGGCAAAUGUGUAGCAAAACAACAAGGUGCCGAUUGUCCUCCUAAUAUUGAACGCACUUUAGCUCGUUGCCAAAAGAUAAGUGAUUUAGAUUUUUGUCAAUAUCAAAAUGGAACGUUUUGUAUAUCGACUCCUAAUUUUUCUAUUGAGGGUUCGUCCAAGUUAAUUCAUGAAAAACAGCUCGAGUGGAUGCUUAGUCGUAGUAAAGAACAUGAAUAUAGUAUUGGCUCUUAUGCUUGUUGCGAUGAUAAAAACUGUUCACUUGGUCCUUACGUUGAUCCUUCUGCCUACCUAGAAGGACAAAAUCAUCCAAUUAGUCCACACCAUAGCCCUGAUUGUUUAGGGUUUUCUCCACAGUCGGCUGUUAACCCUAAUUCUCUUUGUGAAGGUUCGAAACUGGCCGUAAUUUGUCCAAACCUUUAUCAAUCAGGAAAAUGCCGUUUGUGGGGGACAAAAUGUGAAAACCCAAUUCUUCUUACUUAUCAAGUAACAUCAUGCAAUGGAACAGGAGGAAUAAUGGCACCUAGUAAUAACCUAUCAUUAAGUAAUUCACCAGAAGUAACUUGUCCAGAAACUAGCAUCAGUCCAGAAAUUUACAUCAGUCCAAAAAUUAGCAUCAGUCCAGAAAUUAGCAUCAGUCAAGAAAGUCAAGGACUUAGCAUCAAUCAAAUAAUUGGUAUUGUUACUGGAGUUGGCUCCUUUGUUGCUGCUGCUGUAGGGGUGAUUAUUGCUUAUAAGAGGUAUAAAUUAUCGAAAAGAAAAUUAGAAAUAGUAAUUAACGACAAAAAUGAAAACCAAACAGAUGAAGGAGGAAAUCUCUAA